UAGAAAGGAAGGAAAAAUCGACCCCUUUCUCUCUCUCAUGUUCUGCAAAACCCUCAAAGACACACUCUGCUACUUCUCUCUCUCUCUCCCCAGAAAUCGGCCAUGGGAGCUGGGCGCGAGCUCCAAAUCUCGUUGGAUGGAUUAAGGCAAAAGAAUCUUAUGCAGCUAAAGAAGCUCAACACUGCUCUUUUUCCCGUUCGCUACAACGACAAGUACUACGUCGAUGCUCUCUCUUCCGGCGAAUUCACCAAGCUAGCAUAUUACAGCGACAUAUGUGCCGGUUCUAUCGCCUGCCGGCUCGAGAUUGAGAAGAAAGAGAGCGGUGGUGCUCCUGCCGCUGCCGUUUACAUAAUGACUUUAGGUGUUUUAGCACCCUAUCGAGGAAUAGGAAUCGGUUCAAAACUCCUAAACCAUGUUCUUGAUCUCAGCUCAAACCAAAACAUUUCUAAAGUUUAUUUACAUGUGCAGACAAAUAACGAAGACGCCAUAAAUUUCUACAAGAAAUUCGGGUUCGAAAUCACUGAAACUAUUCACAACUACUAUACCAACAUCACACCACCAGAUUGCUAUGUUCUUACCAAACAUAUCGGUACCCAAACUCAACCCAAGAACUAAUUUUAAGUCCCUUUUUUUUGUUGUUUGGGCAAUUUUUAUCUGAUGGUGUCAUUUCUUUUAUACAAACAUUUUGAGGGUAAGGUAUUAUUAUUAUUAUUAUUAUUAUUAUUAUUAUUAUUAUUAUUAUUAUUAUUAAUUAAGAAGUUAAUUUUUGACUGACU